AUGUGGCUCGCAACUCUAUUUAACAAGAUCGUUGCAGAAGGACGGACUCCAGACGUUUGGCAAACUUCCGUGACCGUGCCUGUUUGGAAAGGGAAAGGAGACAUUGCUGACUGCACCUCGUACAGGCCUAUACGACUGCUGUGCCAUACGAUGAAGGUUUUUGAGCGUGUCCUGGAAGCUCGUCUGAGGAAAAUUGUUAGCGUUUCACUCAAUCAGUGCGGCUUUGUGAAGGACUGCAGCACUCUAGAUGCUAUCCAUGCUGUCCGAAUCCUCCUGGAGAAACAUCGAGAGAAGAACCGCAGUGUGCAUCUUGCUUUUCUCGAUCUCGAGAAAGCUUUCGACCGUGUCCCACAUGAGCUGUUAUGGAUGUCCAUGAGGUCGCAUAGAGUACCAGAUGAAUAUGUGCGGUGGACGAAGCUACUUUAUGCGAAGCCUACCAGCGUUGUACGAUGUGCUGCUGGAACAAGCAGGCCAUUCCCUGUACAAGUAGGGGUUCAUCAGGGUUCAUCCUUCUCACCUCUGCCGUUCAUACUGUGCAUGGACACGAUAACGAAGCAAAUCCAGAAGCAGCAUCCGUGGACUCUACUCUUUGCCGACGAUGUCAUGCUCGCGUCGGAGUCUCGAGAUGAUCUUCAGAAACAAGUGCAGUCUUGGAAGGAUCAGCUGCAGCAAUAUGGAUUGCGCCUCAACACAUCAAAAACUGAGUACAUGGAGUGCGGACCAAGGAUAGAGGAUGGAUCAAUUCGUGUCGAUGGCACCGAAUUAAACAAGGUGAACUGCUUCAAGUACCUUGGAUCCAAAGUGACUUCCACAGGCGACAUUGAUCAAGAAGGUCGAGCACGUGUUAAUGCUGCAUGGAUGAAAUGGAAAAUGGCAACAGGGGUACUGUGUGACAAGAAAGUCUCUGUUCGACUGAAGUCGAAGAUCUACAGAACGGUUGUGCGUCCUGUUGCCCUUCACGGAUGCGAGUGCUGGCCGACAACGAAAGCCUUGGAAAGAGUGCUGCACGCUAUGGAGAUGCGGAUGUUGAGGUGGACGAUAGGUGUAACGCUAAAAGAGAAAGUAUCCAACAACACUGUACGUUCCAUCUUCGGCGUCGUCCCGAUAACUGAGAAGAUGAAGGAGGCGCGACUGAGAUGGUUUGGUCACGUCUUGCGGCGGGAGGAAGAUUCUGUUGCCAAAACCGCUCUGAAGCUCGACGUUUCAGGAGUGAGGCCGCGUGGGAGGCCAAAGAUUCGCUGGUUAGACCGUGUGAAGCUGGAUAUGAUAGAUGCACGUUUGUGUACGUUUGUGGCUGAUGCAAUGGAUAGAACCAAAUGGAAGACAAGAAGCAGAAAAGCGGACCCUGCAACAACGCGGGACAAACGCUAG